AUGCUCAUCCCCACGCGCCACGCACUCAGACGACUCGGCGCUUCCCCCUCUUUCAUCACCGCCCGAUCUGUCAGCAGCACCGCGUCUUUGUGUAGACAUGCCCGUUGGAAUGGCUGUGCACGGGUUUGGGCGUCCGCUGCGCUAGGCGACGCCAACAAGAUCAUGUACUGGAGCCGUCGGUCGUUGUUUAAAAAUCAAAAGGGGUUUUCUGUUGGCAGGGAAUCGCAGCUGCACGCGGACGACGUUGCAUUGGCAGAAAGGAACCGGAAGCUCUUUGGAGCUGCCACCGCGCAAGGUGAGGGCUCCGCUGAAACGAGGGCCGAUGACGACGGGAUGCCAACGGCCUUUGAAUUGGAUCGUAUCCUGCCAUCAGCCAAGCAACUGCAGGACGAAAUUCCCUCCGUUGCGGAGGUACGGGACGCGAUGAAGGAGGGCGGGGACGCCGCAAUGUGGAAAAAGACCGAGGAAGAUGAUGAUGAGUGA